AUUGCAUCCAGUUAACUGAAAAAUGAAGGUUGACGAUGUUGAACACAACUGGUUAUUUUAUCUUGCUCAGCCGAAUAAAUUAUUGUCAGAUAUUGAAAGUUUAACUACAUCACAUCAGUUAGAGUUACUUAAACAAUCCUUAUCACAAGCUGAAAUAAGUGAACGGAAAACUAGUCUCACAAAUUGUGAAAAUAAUUCAGUGGAUAACUUUAUCGGGGAAAAUGAAAUUAUAAAUCCUGAUGAUAUAUUUGUUGAAUCGUCUAGGCUAUUCAAAAAGUCAAAAGUUUUGGACAUAAUUUCCCUACAAAUUGCUGCUAAUCUAAAAUUCAAUCUAAAUCUUUUUCGGGUCAUAUCAGAAAUGCCUAUAAAACUUCUUGCACGUCUCUAUAGAGUUCUUGUCAUGAAUACUGCGAAAUUUUCAUCAGUUCUACAGCCUCUUUUUGAACAGGCAACAAACAAAGAAAAUAUUUUCAUCAUAAAUCCUUACGGAUAUUAUACGUGGUCUCAGCUAAACCCUAUGACAAUUUAUGGUAUAAUGUCUUACCAUAUAUGGUGCCUUCAUGUUUCCCAUACAUCCAGUAUGCUGCCGCAACCCUUUCGAAAUCUUACUCCGAUUGUUUCCGGCUUAACCGAGAUUCCUGAGGUGGCAUUUUUCGCUGACAACCGUGUAGAAGUUGGCGUUGUUCUCACUCGUAUACAGGAGUCUGUAAACCAGUUAAACGAAGUCAACAAUCUUUUGGAUGAACUCAACAUAGCUAGACCUCUUCCUUCAGUCUUUUCAGCUCUCGAUUCCACGUUUUCUACAAUUUCUGAAUCGAAGAAUAAAUUUGUUCAGGAAGAUCGAAAUCAUAAUGAUCUCUCAGAUUUUGUUGUCAAGAACUCGAUACAUCUUCCCAAAAGCUAUCUUUCUGCAUCUCUUAACUUUGUACUUGGACGGUAUGCUUUUCAACAACAACAGUUUACUCAAUCACAAAAGCUUUUUCAAAUUGCUUACGAUGAAAUGCAAAAUCAAAAGUUUGAUUAUUUAGAAGAAGUAGGAGCUACACCUAAAUUAGUGCAAGCUUAUUUAACUGCAUGCAAAUCAUACACAUCCAUAGAAUGUAUUUCAAAUGAAUUUUCAGUUUGUCAAUCUGACAGCCAAUUUUUAGAAACAUUUUGUCAUCUAUUAGAAGUAAAUGCGUUAGAUUCUCAUCAUCAUAAAAAUUCAAUCAAUACAUUUUGGAUUCAACCAUGGAAUAAUACUACAUGUGAUAGUACAACAGCAGUCAAUAUGGAACUAAUCACUACUACCAUAGAAGAUCAUCUUUAUCAAGUUUUACUGAAUGUGGAUCAAUUUUCAAUUGAUGAUUCAUCUCAAUCCUAUAUUCCAAUUAGUUUAGGAGUUCGUAAUAAAUUAGAAAGUUUGUGUUUAAAACAAUUGUAUGAUUGUAUUGGUUUGCUGGAUGAUACAAUGGAUACUACACGAAAUAUGCAUCCUGCAAAACAAUCAAAGCAUACUAAGCCAUCAUUAUCAAAUGACAAAACAUCAAGUUUCAACGCUGUUCAUCAACUAUUCACUAAGGUACAUAUAUGUAACGCAAUUGAUCGACUAAUGUCUGAAUCUAUAGAAUUACCACUUUCACUAUCAACUGAAUUAUUAUUGAAUAUUCCGAAGAGGAAUUUCGAAAGGCCUACAAAAAAAGAACACAGAUCGUUCGCAUCAUCAUCAUCUUCUCCUCCAUUUAUUGAUGUAACAGUUGGACGUGAAUUUCUCUUUGAUUGUUUAACUUCUAUAAUGGACAAACUAUCAUCGACUUCUAAAAAUCCGAACUUAUCAUCUUCAGUUCAAUUUACUACUCUAUGCCAGUAUGUGACAUUUUUAGUGCAAGAAGGAAUUUGUUUGCUUGGUAAUUUAUUGCAUAAAUCAAUCCUUAAAUUGAAUUCUGAAUUAAAUUCAAUACAAAAGAAUUAUCAAGAUUUGUUAAAAACUCUUGUAUCACAUAAAUUGAUGGAAUUCUUACCAGAAUCUUGCAGAAAAUAUAUACAGUCUAUUUUUGAAGCAGUAAAUUCUGGAGGUUCAUCUGAAACGGAAGUAAAUUCCGAUCUUUUCUGUGCUUUUAUUCCUGACUGUCUUGCCGAUAUGCCUAAUCUAGAUAUUGGUCUUGAUUCAAACCUACGUCCAAUGGAAUCGGAUGAUUUAAACUUUCUUGGACUUGGAUUUUGGGCAAAUUCUGAGGUAUAUCCAAAUGCUGGAUCGUUUAGACCACAGUUAUCUAGAGGUGGAUCGCCAUUUCGAGUCGUUGGUGAUGUGGAUAUGCGUAGCUUAGCUGGUCAGCAUCAGUUUCCAUCAACAUCAUUUCCUCACAUGUCACUUCCGCAGUCCCAUGUAACUGGUGGACAUGGACAUUUCGCUGGUCAAUCACUUCAAGCUUUUACUAGAGAAAACCCACUUGCAUGCGAUCUCCGAGUAAUACGUCAUCUUUUGACCACACGGAAUCCAACUGAUGUAAAUACAUCAGUAGAUUAUCUAUUAAGGUCGGGUAUGACACCGAAUGGAAUUUUAGAAUUAAAUGGUUCAUGGCUUUCAUCAUUACAUUAUUUAGCUUCACUGGAAAUAGUCGGACUACAUCCUACUGAUGAGAACAUUGAGUACUUGAAUCCAUCAUCAGUGAAUCAUUUUAGUGGAAAUAACAGUCAUAAUAAUCCAUCACAUUCAAUCUCAAAAUCAACUCUUCAUACUGGACAAGUAUCAUUGAAUGAUUUAAUUAGACGAGUUAAAAUUUGUCUGUGUUAUGCUGCUGGUUUGUCGUCAAAUGCAAAUUCAUUGGAAACAAAAAUGGAAUCUAUGAAUUUGAUUGGUUUAUCUAAUGAAUUGAUUACUGCAGCCAGUUGUUUUCUUUUAAUGGUUAAAUCUGCUUUGUCCCACCCUCCUGGGCUGUCAGUAAACGAAAGUAGGGGUCGUAUGGAUCUUAACCCCAGUCGUAUUUCGACCGGAUGCUCCGAAUUGUCUCCAAUACCAGCAUCUCAAUCUGUCUCGCUUGAUAGUCUAAAUCACAAUAACUACCCUAACAAUUCCUCAUACCAGGUCCCUGCAGUCGGUUCUCGACCAGCUCCAAUAGGGACAGUUCAUGCUGAUAGCUCUCAGGUUCCCGAUGGUCGUGGCCCACGACCUUUCGGAGAUACGCGCAACGACAUAGACCCAGGGAUUUUCAGCUCAUCCGGAAGAAGAGAUACAAGUUCUAAGAAUAUUCAAGAGUCUGAAACUGGUCCAACUAGACAUCGGGCUGUUUUGGGAUCUGGUGUGCAUAAUGACUACUCACAUCCUGCUAACCGGGAUCAAGCAGUUAGAAAGGGAGACACUUAUAAAAAUACUUUCACCUAUUACCAGGGGCAUGAUUACUCGAAAGAUAGACGUGGAGGGUAUGGUCAGCAGUGGUCAGUUAACCAUCGUGGCCCUAGGGGUUCUGCGCAUAAUUAUGGUGGUUGGGGUGGGCGGUCCACGGGUGGUCAUAAUUGGUCUAAGUUCAAGUCAAACGAAAACACUAACUUUUCGGGAGAAUAUGACUAUGAAAGAGCGAAUGCUGAACUUGCGGCUGAGUUGGAAAAAAUAACCAUCCAUUCUAAGACAGGUUCGUCAAGUGCUUCUGUUGAUAACGCAGAAAAUGACGGAAGCAGCGCAGCUGAGGACGAAAACACCUGCUAUAAUAAGUCGAAAUCAUUUUUCGAUACCAUUAGUUCCGAGAUGAUGGACCGCGCAAAUGGCCUGAAUCCUCAAGGAAUGAAUAGACGGGACGAGAGACUCCUCAAUUCAGCAACUUUUGGUACUGUCUCACAGCAAUAUCCCAGAAGAACAGGAUAUCACAACCAACGUCCCUUUGGCUAUGGACAAAAAAGAGGAGGUAAUACAUCUAGCGGUAACUUCUGGCGAUCUACUGGAACGGGAACCAACAAGUCACUAUUCUCCAAUUCAUCACACACACCUCUUCCGACAUCUGGACGAGCUGGUUGA